AUGAAAGAACCAAGAUCUUAUACCGAGAAAAAUAAAAGAGUUUAAAUUGAAUUUAAUACCAUUUAAGUCUUUUUAAACUUAAUUUUGCUUCUCUAUUUACAUUAUUUUACCAGAUAAGAAAAAUGUUAAAAUUAUGACUAUGAAUAAUUCAUAGAAAGUUUAAUUACUAAUUAGACAUUUAAGAAUAUAUUCAUUAAAUAAAUUAAUGAUAUUUAAGAAUCGUUUUGUUUAAUUUAAUUUGAGAAUAAUAUUGAACAAAUAAAAUUAUUAUUGAAUAAUUUAAAAAAGUCAGAAAGUUUUGCUAAUGACGAACAUUAAAACAAUAAUUAAAUUAAUAUUCCAUAUAAUGAUAAAUUAAUCAAUUAGAAUAAUGAAAACCAUUAAUUUAAAUAAAUUAAAAAUAAUACAGAUAAGAAUGCAUAAUAGGAGAAUCUUUUUAAUAGUAAACUUAAUUAACCUUUAGAUCUAAAUUUAAAUAAUAAAGAUUAAUAAACAAUAUAAAAUAAAUAAAAAAUUAAGGAAAUAGAAACAUAUGAAGAAAAUCAAGCAAAAAUAAAUUAAUCAACUGAUUAAAAAAAAUAAAGUUAAUCUAUAAUUGGUAUUGAUUUAGGUAUGAAAUAUUCAAGUGUUUGUAUAUAUAGAAAUGGUUAAGUUGAAAUAAUAAAAAAUGAAUAUGGAUCAAUAAGAACACCUUCAAUUGUUGCAAUAUCAAAUGAUGAGUUUUUAGUUGGAGAAGAUGCUAAAAAUUAAGCUAUUUUAAAUCCAUAAAACACAUUUUAAAAUGUUAAGAGAAUAGUUGGAAAAAGGUAAAUAAUAUAAUUUAUAUAAAAAUAGAUAUUCAGAUCCUAUGGUGCAAUUACAAAUGAAAAAUGUUUCAUACGAAAUUGUUAAUAAUACUAAUAAACCUUAUAUUUAAGUUUCUGAAUAUUAAGGAUAGAGUCCAAAGUAAUUUAGUCCUGAAUACAUUCAAGCAAAAAUUGUAUCAAAAUUGAAGAAAAUAGCAGAAGAUUAUUUGGGAUUUGAAGUUAAAAAGGCUGUUAUUUCAGUUCCUGUUACUUUUAAUGAUGCUUAAAAAUAAGCUACGAAAGAUAUUGGAACUAUUGCAGAUUUAGAUNUUUAGUUAUAAAAUUAUUUCCAUUAAAUAAAAAGAAUAAAAAUAAAUAAUAUUACUUUUUUUUUAAUAUCGAAAUAAAUUUACUAUGAAAGAACCAAGAUCUUAUACCGAGAAAAAUAAAAGAGUUUAAAUUGA